AUUAGUAAACAUUUUAAAAGGGAUCAACCAAUUCAUAAUUUAACUCGGACAUAAACUAAGGCAUACUGAUGUGCAGGAAAUUUUUCUAUCAUAAGAUGGCAAUGAUAUGACAUUGUUACUUAUGCUAAAUUUAGUUCAAUAACAGGAAAAGACUGAUCCCAGAAGUUAUCUCUGUGUGUUCCAAUGGCUGCGGUUAUGUAUGCCGCAGCAGCACUCCAGUAUUUCUCAUUGUCUAUAGACUGCCAACCGUUGAUAGAUGAACACGAUUUCUUAGAGAGAUUUCCUUCCACGGAUAAUCUGAACAGGGAAGUUGUCAUAGAAAACUUAGCGAAGCAGCUUUCACUGGUGACCAUUCGGGAAUCUGACGAAAAUUUGAGAAAGUCUGAUAUCAAUGCAGGAAACACAUGUGAGGAGGGACAAGAAAGAAAGUUAAAUGACAACAAUAAUGAAUGCAAUGUCACUGUCUUCGAAUACCCAUUCCGACUCGUUGGAGGAGUUUCAGAAAAAGAAGGACGAUUAGAAGUCUAUAUGAAUGGACAGUGGGGGACCGUGUGUGACGAGGACUGGGAUGUGAUUGACGCUCGAGUGGUUUGUCAGAGUCUAGGCUUCAUCGGACAUACCAUUCCUUUAUUAAAUGCUACAUUUGGUGAAGGCACGGGGCCUAUAUGGAUGUCAUCUGUCAAUUGUUCUGGACGCGAGCAUUCAAUCAAAAAGUGUGUGUACAAAGGCAAACACAAGUGUUCCCACAGCAACGAUGCUGGUGUUAGAUGUACCGACGAUGGAAUUCGGCUUGUGAAUGGAAAAUCAUGGAGAGAGGGUCGAGUGGAAGUACAUAAAGACGGAGAGUGGGGGACAGUGUGUGAUGACGGCUGGGGUGACCAGGACGCCUCGGUUGUGUGUCGUGCAUUUGGAUUACUAGGGAAUGCAGCUCACGAUGUCAACUUUGGAGAGGGAACAGGAUCAAUUGUCCUUGGAAACGUACGCUGCAAUGGGACUGAAAGCAACUUCUGGAAAUGUAAACAUUCAAAACUUUCAUCCUUUUUUUGCUGGUCCUUGAAGGUCGCUGGUGUGAAAUGUUUCGAAGAUUCACCGAUCCGUUUAGCUGGUGGAAAAUCUCCUACAGAGGGCCGAGUGGAGGUGUAUCUAAAUGGUCAGUGGGGCACCGUGUGUGAUACAUCAUUCGAUACACGUGAUGCAAAGGUUUUAUGUAACUCCCUCGAUUAUGGACAGCAUGGUUUAGGCGCCGAUGGCAGUGUGUUUGGACAAGGUAGGGGUCCAGUAUGGCUGAAUAACCUUCGCUGUUAUGGAGGUGAAUUGUCAGUCCUUCAGUGCAGUCAAUCUCGAUAUGGGAAGAACGCCUGCCAUCAUUCUCGUGACGUCGGAAUAGUCUGUAUGAAUGCUACAAACAAUUUGGUCAGACUUGUUGGUGGAAACACAGAGAGAGCUGGAAGGGUUGAAGUCCUAGUUAACCAGUGGGGUGGGGUUUGUGAUUUCAACUGGGACAGGGAGGAUGCGUCAGUCGUAUGCAGAAGUCUGGGUUACACUGGUUUUUACAUUCCAACUUCAAAGAGUUGGUUCGGGGGAAGUGAAUCCACCUGGUUGAGUAAUUCAGCGUGUAGGGGAAACGAACCAUCACUUCUCGACUGUCCCCAUAAUCUGAUCGGGCGUAGUUGUCAUUCUGGAAAAACGGCAGGCGUCAUUUGUUUAAAUCAAACUACAGUUAGGAUCGUCAAUGGAGUUUCUGAAUCAGAAGGAAUGGUCGAAGUCUAUUUAGACGGACAAUGGGGAUACAUAUGUGAUGAAGAAUGGGAUUAUUGGGAUUCCCUUGUUGUAUGUCGAGAUUUGGGGUAUUCAGGGUAUUCCAUGAUAUCGUCAUAUCCAAUAUCGAUGAACGAUACUAGGAAAAUAUUUGUAUCGACAUUUGACUGUUCUGGAAAGGAAGACUCUCUCUGGCUUUGUGAUUUUCCAAACAUUGGAUCUGUUAGCUGUCCAAAAAGCAAUGUUGCAGGAAUCCUUUGUACAAAUGAAUCAUCAUAUAAACUGAGACUUGUGAAUGGCAGCUCUGAAAAUGAAGGUCGCGUCGAGAUUUUUAUCAAUAAGGAAUGGGGAACCAUAUGUGGAAUGAACUGGGAUUCUGCGCAUGCACAGAUUAUAUGCAGACAUUUGGGGUAUUUUGGGCUAUCGUCUUUAGCAGGAAAUCAUGUUUUUGGAAAAGGCGUGGGAAGAAUUUGGAUAUCAAAUUUAACAUGUGAUGGAAGUGAAAACUCUUUAUUAGAGUGUGGAAAACUAUAUACACAUAACCAUUGUUCCCAUGAAGAUGACGCGGGGGUUCUAUGUCACGAUAGCACAAGUCGUGGGACUCAACUCGUUAAUGGCAUAUCUACAAAUGAAGGUGGAGUCGAAGUGUUUCUGAAUGGGCGUUGGGUAGGUGUGUGUGAUGACGAAUGGGAUAGAGAGGACGCAAAGGUCAUCUGCAGAAGUCUUGGAUUUAGAGGGUUUUCUGUGGCGACUUCAGGCUCGAUUUUUAACGAGCGAAAUUCCACUAUCCUGGUGAAUCAGUGCGACUGUGAAGGAUCAGAAAGAUACCUCCUAGCAUGCAAACAUUUGAUAACAACGGAUUGUGUAAUAACCCAGAUGGCGGGAGUUCUUUGUGUUGAAAACGGAACAAAUUUUAUACGCCUUAUUAAUGGCAGCUCUGAUAAUUACGGAAGACCUGAGAUAUACGUCAACGGAAAAUGGGGAGGAAUAUGUAGUAACAAAUGGAGUCCCCUGGAGUCAAACGUUAUUUGUAGAAGUCUAGGAUACUUGGGACACGUCCCGUCAGAGAAGGAUUUUGAACCUGGUACGGAGUUUAUCUGGAUGCAUAAUGUCUCGUGCAACGGAAGAGAGCGUCACAUUUUGGAGUGUAACCACAGCAUUAAUAACCAGCGGCACUGUGAAGGUGGUAGUGUAGGAGUAACCUGUUCAAAUUCAGCAACAGGCUAUAUUCGACUUGUGAAUGGGAAGUCAGAAAAUGAAGGACGACUUGAAGUGUAUCACAAUGGCGAAUGGGGAACUGUGUGUGAUGAUGGAUGGGAUUCAGACGACACCAAAGUAGUGUGUAGAAGUCUGGGAUACACAGGGGCGGUGGAUUAUUGGUGGCGCGCCCAUUUUGGGAGUGGAAGUGGACCCAUAGUUCUUAGCAAUGUUCACUGUACAGGAACAGAGGCCUCUCUGUUUAAUUGUGAAGCCGGAACUGGUGAUAAUUGUUUUCACUCGGAAGAUGUUGGAGAAGAUCGAUCCCAGAAUAUCCGAGUUUCAAUGGCUGCGGCUAUGUAUGCCGUAGCAGCACUCCUGUAUUUCUCAUUGUCUAUAGACUGCCAACCGUUGAUAGAUGAACACGAGUUUUUAGAGAGAUUUCCUUCCACGAAUAAUUUGAACAGGGAAGUUUUCAUAGAAAACUCUCUGAAGCAGCUUUCACUGAUAAGAAUUCAGGAAUCUGAUGAAAAUUUGAAGAAGUCUGAUAUCAAUGCAGGAAACACAUGUGAAGAGGGACAAGAAAGAAAGUUAAAUGACAACAAUAAUGAAUGCAAUGUCACUGUCUUUGAAUAUCCAUUCAGACUCGUUGGAGGAGUUUCAGAAAAAGAAGGACGAUUAGAAGUCUAUAUGAAUGGACAAUGGGGGACCGUGUGUGACGAGGGCUGGGAUGUGAUUGACGCUCGAGUGGUUUGUCAGAGUCUAGGCUUCAUCGGACAUACCAUUCCUUUAUUAAAUGCUACAUUUGGUGAAGGCACGGGGCCUAUAUGGAUGUCAUCUGUCAAUUGUUCUGGACGCGAGUAUUCAAUCAAAAAGUGUGGGUACAAAGGCAAACACAGGUGUUCCCACAGCAACGAUGCUGGUGUUAGAUGUACCGACGAUGGAAUUCGGCUUGUGAAUGGAAAAUCGUGGAGAGGGGGUCGAGUGGAAGUACAUAAAGACGGAGAGUGGGGGACAGUGUGUGAUGACGGCUGGGGUGACCAGGACGCCUCAGUUGUGUGUCGUGCAUUUGGAUUACUAGGGAAUGCAGCUUACGAUGUAAACUUUGGAGAGGGAACAGGAUCAGUUGUACUUGGAAACGUACGCUGCAAUGGGACUGAAAGCAGCUUCUGGAAAUGUAAACAUUCAAGCCCUUCAUCCUUUAUUUGCUGGUCCUCGAAGGCCGCUGGUGUGAAAUGUUUUGAAGAUUCACCGAUCCGUUUAGUUGGUGGAAAAUCUCCUACAGAGGGCAGAGUGGAGGUGUAUCUAAAUGGUCAGUGGGGCACCGUGUGUGAUACAUCAUUCGAUACACUUGAUGCAAAGGUUUUAUGCAACUCCCUCGAUUAUGGACAGCAUGGUUUAGGCGCCGAUAGCAGUGUGUUUGGACAAGGUAGGGGUACAGUAUGGCUGAAUAACCUUCGCUGUUAUGGAGGUGAAUUGUCAGUCCUUCAGUGCAGUCAAUCUCGAUAUGGGAAGAACGCCUGCCAUCAUUCUCGUGACGUCGGAAUAGUCUGCAUGAAUGCUACAAACAAUUUGGUCAGACUUGUUGGUGGAAAUUCAAAGAGAGCUGGAAGGGUUGAAGUCCUAGUUAAGAACCAGUGGGGUGGGGUUUGUGAUUUCAACUGGGACAGGGAGGAUGCGUCAGUCGUAUGCAGAAGUCUGGGUUACACUGGUUUUUACAUUCCAACUUCAAAGAGUUGGUUCGGAGGAAGUGAAUCCACCUGGUUGAGUAAUUCAGCGUGUAGGGGAAACGAACCAUCUCUUCUCGACUGCCCCCAUAAUCUGAUCGGGCGUAGUUGUCAUGCUGGAAAAACAGCAGGCGUCAUUUGUACUAAUCAAACUACAGUUAGAAUCGUCAAUGGAGUCUCUGAAUCAAAAGGAAUGGUCGAAGUCUAUUUAGACGGACAAUGGGGAUACAUAUGUGGUGAAGAAUGGGAUUAUUGGGAUGCUCGUGUUGUAUGUCGAGAUUUGGGGUACUCAGGGUAUUCCGUGAUAUCGUCAUAUCCAAUAUCGAUGAACGAUACUAGGAAAAUAUUUAUUUCGACACUUGACUGUUCUGGAAAUGAAGACUCUAUAUGGCUUUGUGAUUUUCCAAACAUUGGAACUGUUAGCUGUCCAAAAAGCAAUGUUGCAGGAAUCCUUUGUACAAAUGAAUCAUCAUAUGAACUGAGACUUGUGAAUGGCAGCUCUGAAAAUGAAGGUCGCGUUGAGAUUUUCAUCAAUAAGGAAUGGGGAACCAUAUGUGGACAGAACCGAAAUUCGGCAAGGAUUAUCUGCAGACAUUUGGGGUAUUCCGGGUUAUCAUCUUUAACAGGAAAUAAUGUUUUUGGAAAAGGCUUGGGAAGAAUUUGGAUAUCAAAUUUAACAUGUGAUGGAAGUGAAAAGUCUUUAUUAGAGUGUGGAAAGCUUUAUACACAUAACCACUGUUCCCAUGAAGAUGACGAGGGGGUUCUAUGUCACGAUAGCACAAGUCAUGUCAUACGCCUUGUUAAUGGCAGCUCUGAUAAUGAAGGAAGACCUGAGAUAUACGUCAACGGAAAAUGGGGAGGGAUAUGUAGUAACAAAUGGAGUCCUACCGAGUCCUACAUUCUUUGUAAAAGUCUAGGAUACUUUGGACACGUCCCGUCAGAGAAGGGUUUUGGACCUGGUACGGAGUAUAUCUGGAUGCAUAAUGUCUCGUGCAACGGAAGAGAGCGUCACAUUUUGGAGUGUGACCACAGCAUUAAUGACCAGCGGCACUGUGAAAACGGAAGUGUGGGAAUAAUCUGUUCAAAUUCAUCAAAAGAUUACAUUCGACUUGUGAAUGGAAAAUCAGAAAAUGAAGGACGUCUUGAAGUGUAUCACAAUGGCGAAUGGGGAACUGUGUGCGAUGAUGAUUGGGAUUUAGACGACACCAAAGUAGUCUGUAGAAGUCUGGGAUACACGGGACCGGUGAACAAAUGGUGUUGCGCCCACUUUGGGAGUGGAAGUGGACCCAUAGUUCUUGGAAAACUUAAAUGUACAGGAGAAGAAACAUCACUGUUUCAUUGUAAAACCGAAACAUUUACCUGUUCUCAUUGGGAAGAUGUUGGAGUAAAAUGUACUUAAAGGAAGUGUAUAUGUUUUUGUCGUGAACUAUAAAGUCAUGUAAAUUUCAUGAACAAUAAUAUAUUUUGUAUAUACUACAUGUAAUUGCAAACGGUUAAUCGCCAGGACUUUUUUAUUCAAAUUUAGUCACGUGUAGAACAUGUAGAAUUUAAAUAUUCAUUUGCAAAUUAACAAAUAGAAAAUCAGAACCAAUUAUUAAGAUCAAUUGAAAGUCAUUAAAAUUUUCAUAAUUAUUGUCACAUUAAGGACUGAAUACUGUCUUUCUUUUUAUCUCUCUCCUGACACACUAGUUGUUUGUCUGGUCUUUUUAAAGAACAUAAUUUUCUAUAAGUUGUAUUGUAGUGUAGGAAAUCUUUUGAUACGCGGAAGUACAUGAUAGUUAUUUGGUCCAAGUAUAUAAGGUUCUGGUCGAGGUAAAUUGGUCAUCGACAAGCAAUCAGCCAGUUCAAGCACGUUUUUGUGUGCGUUUGUGUGUGUGCAUUCCUGUAAUAUUGAUAUACACAUUAUGUUUUGUAGAUUGUAUUUGACGUACUUCUUGGUGUCUACUUCCAUUUCCUCGCUAUCUAAGUCACGUGAUGUUUGUAUACUAUAAUUAACUGGUCGAUAGGCGCUCAACACACUCUAUAGGUCGUUUUUUCAUAUAUUUCUUCAAAAUCUUUUUAGAAAUAUUUUAUGUUCGGAUGAGUGAAACAUAGAAAAACAUUUCUGUUUUUCAUUAACAGGAAAUGCUGUAAUGACCGUAGAAGAACUACAUCAUAAAAGACAUUUCUAUAAAUUUAAAAAUGAAUGCAACAACAUGCAAUUUCUUCACAUCUUAUUUUUCAUGUGCAAAUGUUACAAUACCGUGUUUGAGUAUUACUUUGGCAUAUAAUGAUACGAUGAAAAUGAAAUUAACCUUUCUAUUUCCAAAUGCAUCAUUUCACUCUCCUUUUCGACAGGAAUUUAUCACAUUAAAUAGUUCAUCUUUAUGAUAUUCACCUUUACAUUACCUAACUUUAAUAUCCGUCUUCAUCUUCACUUUAGCAUGUUUUCAAAAUUCUAUUCAUCUUAUUCUAUCAUGUCCUUUACUUUCAUUUUUGUAUAAAGCCAUUAUUGAUUUAAGGUGUUUCAUAUUUUGUAUUUGAUUUUCCAUCUGUUCAUUUUCAUUGAUAUAAAAGAUUUCCUUUAUAGUUUGAUGUUUACAUAUAUUCAAGUCAUACGUAUUCUGACUUUCUAAUUCUGAAAAUAAAAAUAAUUCCAUUCUUA